UCUGCCAGACAUUGUUCGACCUUUUCAAACAAUAUAUUAAAAAAAUCGAUUCCAUUGUCGGCGGCGAAUUAAUCGUCCGAUCACCUUCCGAUCUGAUCGAUGACCUCUUCAGACGAAGAAGAUGAGUUAUUGGCGAUCUUUCUCGAAUCUGAACUCUCCGAUGAGGAGGAGCCAGAACCCAAGCGGUUGCGCGUUGUUAAGGGAGAUGAGGAAGAGGAAAAAGAGCGUGAAGGAGACGGGGAUUCUUCUUCGAAUAUGAAUCCGAACCCUGGCCAAGUGAAGAACACCAAUAAUAGGAGUGUUCCUAGGGGGAUUGAGAGUGGUACUUUCAGCAAAAUUCCACCCGAGUUGUUUACUCAUAUCCUCAAAUUUCUCUCAUCCGAGGAUCUUGUAUCUUGCUCGCUGGUGUGCAGUUUUCUGAAUUUUGCGGCAUCUGAUGAAUCCUUAUGGCGUCGCCUGUAUUGUAUGCGAUGGGGUUUGUUGCCUCCAACAAAAAUGCGGGAAUGUCCUUGGAAGAAGCUUUAUAUACAGCGCGAUGAAGAGGACAUGAGUGAACUUGUUAGGAACUGUCCAUCUGAAUUUAAAGAGUACUACAUUCAAAUGCAAGCAGCUAAAAGAAGUCAAGCACCUCUUCCUUCUCAGGUGAAGGAUGACUCAAUAAUUCUCGACAAGACUGUUGCUGAUCAAGUAUCUAUGUGGAAAAGUAGUCGGGGCCUGGCUGAUAAGGUGGUCACUGACCAUGCUUGUUCAGGAGAAACAUGUACCUACUACCAAAUUGGGGAUGUAUUUGUUUGUGAGAAGACUGGGCAGGUUCAUGUAUGUGAUGAUACUUGUAGAGAAGUCAUUUUGGAUCCCAACAAUGAGCUUUUGGUCUGCACAAUUUCAGGCCACUGUUUUGAUAGGUUACUGUCUCCAUCCGAAAUGGAAUUGGAUAGUGAACAGCAGCAAGCUAGUGGCACCGAUGAAGUGGAACCAUUUAUGGGAUCUGGCCGCUUUGCAAGGGCUUACUUAUUGGGAUACAACUGCGAGGAUGAAAAAGAGCUGGAAGCUGCUUUGAGGUUUUGUUGAUCCAAAUCUUUGAUACUUUUCUUUUAGGUGGGUUUUAGUAAAUGUCUUGGUUUGACAUUGAUAUUAUGGAUGUUUUAAGUUGCACAAGAUAGAUAAUUAGGUGGUAAUGUAUUUACCUAAUA